AUGGAACAUUCGGAUGAAACAGGGCUUCCCUCAAGGAAGCCGGAAAGCAACUCAUCACAGCUCGAAGAUACUGCUGAACUGCAACAAGAGCUACCGAAGCUAGCGUACAAAACUCUCUCCUAUCAUCAGGUGAAAACGGCCGCCGAGAGAGAAGCGCGCGGAUACAUGGCAAGCUGGCCUAUGAACGUUUCAGCAGCGAAAAACAUACCAUUCCAUGGCUCCAUUAUCGGUCUAUUCCGUGAUAUUUGUGAACCGCUUAGUUUCAACGCUCUGGUAUUGAUGCGAAAAUCGAUCGACUACCACAUGAACCAAGUUAUGGGGGCGGCAACGAUGUAUAAGAAUUUCUGGGAUAUCGAUAUGCCGGAUUGCCGUCAGGUCGACGUUGAGGCCUACAUAUAUGACCGAAAUUUAAUAGAUGCAUUCUUCCACUUGGUGUGUAGAUACGCCUUAUUCGAUGAGCCGAAUCGCUUUCAAGGCCAUCGGUAUGUUAAGGGGUACAACAAGUAUAUCGCAGGCUGUAUAGACCACGCUGGUUGGGACCUUGCCAAAGCCGAAGCCAAACUCGAUGCCUUGGUACAAUGCAAAGGUACGUUGCCGUAUUACGCCUUCUCACUCCAUGGCAUAAAAAGCCAACUCCGAUUUCGGUAG